UCUUUAUAUAACCUUGAAAACCUUAUCCUACAAGUAAAAACCACACCACAAAAGCCUUUUAUCAAACAUGAGCAGAAAUCAUCCCUCAUUUCCUCUCAUCCUCUUGAUUUUGACUCUCCUCCUCCCCUCCAUUUCACGUCCCCAUCAUGCCCGAGCCACCGCCGACGUCAACAAUGACAGAAAAACCCUAGAAAUCAUCAUCGGCGGCGGCGGCGGCGGCGGUGAUGAAUCUCCGCCACCGUCUCCGGAACCCGAGAACUGCCCUUUGCCCCCGCCGCCGCCUCCUUGCCCUCCUCCUCCCCGGCCACCGCCACCGCCCAAGCCGUCACCACCGCCACCGGCACCGCCACGAGUGACUCGGCCGCAGCCUCCGCGACCGCCGCUGAGCCCAUUUAUCAGGAAAGCUAUUCCGGUGAUCCAGAGGUUUCGAGGGCUCAUCGAAUGUGAUCCAAAGGACAUAACCAGAACAUGGAAUGGUACGGAUGUUUGCGCAGAUGACAAAUACGUUGGUUUCGACUGUGCUAUUUAUCCAGGAACAAAGGAUCUCGCAGUCGCAAGCGUGAGAUUUAACGAGUUUAACUUCAGCGGCAAGAAUCUGCGUCUCGAUAACUUUCUCGACAAGUUAGAGGAAGUCACCAUCUUCCAUGCAAACUCGAACCAGUUCGUGGGUUCAGUUCCAAGAGUCGAGAACUUGAAGUACUUGUUCGAACUCGAUCUCAGUAACAACAAGCUGUCGGGAGAGUUCCCGAGCUCGGUUCUUCAAGCGAAGAACUUGACUUUCCUCGAUCUGAGAUUCAAUUCGCUUUCGGGUUCGGUUCCUCCUCAGGUUUUCAAUCUCGACGUCGACGUUUUGUUCAUCAACAACAACAAUCUCGUUCAGAGGUUGCCUGAUAAUCUCGGCUCCAUCACCGCUCUUUACCUCACUUUCGCCAACAACAGAUUCACGGGUCAGAUUCCCAGCAGCAUAGGCAAUAUCAAAUACCUACAAGAAGUCCUUUUCUUGAACAACGCAUUAACCGGUUGCUUACCGUACGAAAUCGGUAAACUAAACCAGGCAACGGUAUUCGAUGUCGGGUUUAACCAGUUAACCGGUCCAAUACCGUACUCCUUCGGUUGCUUAGGCAAGAUGGAACAGCUCAACUUGGCAAGAAACAAGUUCUACGGAGCCGUACCAGAGAUUGUCUGCGAUCUUCCUAGGAUCCAAAACUUGUCUUUAUCAUACAAUUACUUCACGCAGGUCGGUCCAAAAUGUCGGGAGCUAAUAAAGAAAAGGGUUCUCGAUGUUCGGAUGAAUUGCAUUCUCGACCUUCCGAAUCAACGAUCCCCCGAUGAUUGCGCAAAGUUCUUCAUGAGAAAAGAGUCGUGUCCAAACCCCGAAUCGGUAUUUUGGAUGCCUUGUAGCAAGAGCCCAUACCGUCUUAAACCCGGUAGAGGUAGUCCUCCCGGUUUACCUUCGCCGCCACCUUCGGUAUCUUACAAUGCUCUUAAUACGGACCGCGUUCGUAACCUCUAGUCAUUUUGUAAUGAGGAUUGUGAGAAGGCAAGUGUAAUUAAGUUGUCCACUCUGGUCGGUGAUUUGCAAGUGUUGAUCCAAGUUUCGGUAAUGAUAAGUUGAAAUAAUGUCACUUCUCUCGUCAAUUUACAUACAAUACGUCAUUGUAACUUUUAGUUGGUAGUUCAUAUUGUAAUCUUAA